AAUCAAAGCGAGCACGUAUUCGGAGUGAACAAUGGCCUUUUGAAUUUCAUCGCACGCGUCUCCGCUCUCCAUUCAGAGGCCAGAACCGCAGGGGCAAUAUCCAGCCCGAUCAUCGCGCAGACAUUCUCCAUCUGGAAAGAUAUCGACAAAUGGAGACCGCCAGCCUACGGCUCGGACGAUGAGGAAUCGUUCGAUUAUCGCAACAUGUGCGAAGCCUAUGUCGCUGCAAUAUUCAUCUGGCUGUUUUUCAUCGUUUAUCCGGAUAAUCUCGCUGACGAUAAGGUGCAAGUCAUGGUCCGGAAGGGUUUGGAGAGUCUGGAUGCCAUUGACGAUCCGUGGCUGAUGUCGUUUGGGCUGUUUCCGGCGUUUCUGAUUGCCGUGGCUUGCGUGCAGGUUCAGGAUAGAGAGCUGUUGGAGGAGCAAUUAGAUAGGAUUGCGGAGGCUCGU